GAAGAUGAAGAAGGAACAAAUUCAAAGUGAAGAUGAAGAAGAAGAGAAGAAAUUUGAUUUAAAUAAAGGAGAAGAGAAGAAAAUGGGGAUAUGCUUUUGAUAAUUUCACGAUAAAUGACGUAAACAAAAAGCCAAAAAGACGUUUCUUUUUACAAACAAAGGUCAAAUUUCAUUUUUGUCUUUAAUGCUAUUUUUCUAAAAAAAGAGCAUUCGUGAAGACUACCCAUUUCCAUCGCCUCUUCUUCUUCUUCGCUCAAAUCACCCAUUCGCCGGUAAAUUGCCGUAUAUCGGAGGGGCCACCACCGACUCACUCCGCCGCCUAUGGAAAACCCCAAAUCAAAGCCCGCCGCCGCCACUUCCACCGACGCAAUCUCUUCAUCAUACAAAAAAUACGAGAUCCGCCACAGACUUCCAAAUCCCAAAAUCGCCGCCCUCUUAGUGAUCGACAUGCAGAACUAUUUCUCCGCCAUGGCCGAGCCCAUCUUCCCCAAUAUCCUCACCACCAUCCGCCUUUGCCGUGCUGCAUCCAUCCCUGUCAUCUUCACCCGUCACGCCCACGCCUCUGCCUCCGACAACCCCAUCCUCAACGAGUGGUGGAACGGCGACAUUAUCCUCGAUGGAACCCAUGCAGCCGGUCUCAUUUCCGAUCUUGAUCGGGAGGACGCCGAUGAGGUCAUCCGGAAGAACACCUACAGUGCAUUCCGGAACACGCGCCUAGAGGACUGCCUGAAAGAGAAGGGCGUGGAAGAGGUGAUUGUGACUGGGGUUAUGACGAACAUUUGCUGUGAGACAACGGCACGUGAGGCGUUUGUAAGAGGGUAUAGAGUAUUCUUCUCCACGGAUGCGACGGCGACGGUGGACUUGGAGCUACACGAGGCUACGUUGAAAAAUCUGGCUUAUGGGUUCGCUUACUUGGUGGAUUGCAAGAGGCUUGGAGAGAUUUCUGCCAUGGAGAAAAUUGGGCAACCAUGUAAUAAUUCUGAAGUUGUUGAUCUGGAAGAUGAUAGAAAGGCUAGGAUUGACCCCCAACUUGAAAUUGUGGAGCCAGUGAUUGGGAUGAAGUUUAGUUCUGUUGAGGAAACGUAUCAGUUCUAUGUCAAUUAUGCAACAAAAGUUGGUUUUACUGUUAGGAAACAAUAUCACAAAAAGAAAAAGAAUGGAAUUGUUUCAAGAGCUUCCUUUUGUUGCUCAAAGGAAGGGUUUCGUCAAGUAAAUAAGAGAAAAGAAUUUGAUCAUUAUACUCGGCCAAUUUCAAGGACAGGAUGUGAAGCUUCAUUGGCAUGCUUGCUUGGAAAGAAUGGUCAAUACAGAGUUGUGUCUUUUAAAGGAAAUCACAAUCAUGACCUUGGUAAAAUGAAGAUGAAGCGUACAAUGGAUGUUGAUAUGAACAUUUCCAAUGCUCAAAAAGUGCAUGAUGCAGAUAGUUCAAGAACUUCAUUUAGAGCUACUAUGGGACUAAUAAAUAAAGAGGUGGAUGGUAGAGAAGGAACGGGAUUCGUGGACAAAGAUUACAUAAAUUAUGUACCCAUAGAAAAAAAAGCAAGAAUUGAAAAGGGAGAAGUUGAAGCACUUGUACAGUAUUUUGAGAAAAAACAGAGGGACAACUCUUCUAUUUUUUAUGCAUUGCAACUCAACGAAGAUAACAUGGUUGCUAGUAUCUUUUGGACCGAUACACGUUCAGUGUAUGAUUAUGAGUGUUUUGGAGAUGUCAUUUGUUUUGACACUACCUAUCGUUCAAAUGAACUUGGUCGACCUUUUACACCAUUCUUUGGAGUUAAUCACCAUAAACAAUCAGCAAUGUUUGGUGCAGCUUUACUUUAUGAUGAAACAAUCGAGUCUCUUAAAUGGUUGUUUAAUACUUUUCUUAGUGUAAUGUCUAAAAAGCAACCAAAGACAAUUCUUACAAAUCAGUCUUCGACAAUAGCUAAAGCAAUAUGUGAUGUUUUUCCUGAAACCCAACAUCGACUAUGUGUUUGGCAUAUUUUUCGAAGUGCUGCUAAGACCUUGAGUCAUGUGUUUCAUGGACAAAAUCAAUUUGUUCAGGACUUUAGCAGUUGUUUAUUUGAUUAUGAAAAUGAAGAUGAUUGGUUGUUAGCAUGGCAGAAAAUGUUGGAUAAAUAUGCUCUUACAGAUAACAAGUGGUUGACAUAUUUGUUUGAAUUGCGAGAAAAAUGGGCAAUAGUAUAUGGGCGACAUGCUUUUACGGCCGACAUGAAAAGCACACAAUGUAGUGAAAGUAUGAAUGAGGUAUUGAAAAAAUAUUUAAGGCCGGAUUAUGACAUUUUGCAAUUUCUCCAACAAUAUGAUAGAUUUUUAGCCGAUCGAAGAUGUGAGGAAAUGGUUGCGGAUUUUAAGAUGAAUCAUACAACACCUAUCUUGCCAAUGGAUACAGAAAUGUUACUACAUGUGGUAGACAUAUACACACCGACAGUAUUUAAAUUGUUUGAAAAAGAAUAUAUGAAUAUUCUUAGUUGUAGUACCUUCAAGAUAGGUAAAUUUGACGGCGUAUCAGAGUAUAAAGUAUUAGUUCAUGGCAGCUCUUGUCAUUGGUUAGUUAAAUAUGAGGCUUCAACACAAACAGUCACGUGUAGUUGCAUGAAAUUCACAUCCACCGGUAUUCUAUGUAGCCAUGCUCUUAAGGUACUUGAUAGGAAGAAUGUGAAAAAGCUUCCUGCCUCAUAUAUUUUGAAAAGAUGGACAAGAGAUGCAAGAGCUUCAAAUGAUCAAACACUCAAUGUUUGUGAAAAGUCAACUGGAGAACGUUAUAAUCACUUGUGUCGUAAAUUUUAUCAAAUUACUUCACUAGCAGCAGAACAUGAAAAGUUGUUUGAACACGCUUCUCAAACUUUUGUUCAAUUGCUCAAAGAUUUAGAGGAGAUGAAGAAAAAUUUCUUUUGUGGAAAAUAAUCAUGUAAAUGAAUGUAUGGGAUUCGAAUUUUCUUUAGAAAUAGUUCAAGAAUGAGGAAAAGGAUAUACAAGAGCACUGAAUCAAGAGAAAGUCUAUAAUUGGUAGUAUAGUUGAAAAGAAGACGUGCAACAAAAUCUGAAGUUGAAUAGAUGCAAACAGGUAAAUAAGUAUUUUGGAUGAUGAUACAUGGGGAAAAGUAUGAACGAUAAUUUCAAUCCCAUUACAUUCUCAAAGGUUCUUUUGUGAUGGGUGUUAAAACUACCGGUCGAAUUCGAAUUUAGAGACAUUCUUCCUUUGUCUAGAGGUCACAGUGUGUCUGGUCGAAUUCGAAUUUAGAGACAUUCUUCCUUUGUCUAGAGGUCACAGUGUGUCUAUUCUCUUCAAGGAAUCGUAUGAGGACCUAGGCCAUUUAUCAUGGUGCAGUCCAUAAAUGUUGUUCGUUUUGGAAUUGCCUAAUCAAGGUUUAUUGGGUUGAGCUUGGGCUUGACAUAUUGAUAAUAGAGGUUGCUUCUGUUUUUGGAGAAGGUAUGCACUUUGGAGUGGGGUUUUUGGUUCGAGAGGAAGGGUAGAAUCUUGGGAGGUAUCGUUAGAAUGUUUGGUCCUUUGUUAGGUUUUAAUGUGUCCAACAUGUGUUACAAUUCUUCAAUAGGUCGUAUCAUGUCUCCUGUCGUAUGGCAUAAGUAUGGUAGAACGUGUUAUGUGGUUUUCACUUGCAUAUUUCAUUAAAAAAGCCAACCUUUUUUAAGAGCUUAA